AUGGAUGAGAAACAUCCUAUUGUAUAUCCUCUCCAUGGUCUGGAUGAUACUCUACUCUACCGUGCUCUCAUCAGCCGAUUAAUGCGCUUCAAUGACGUGCUCGACGCUGAUAAGCUACACGAGGCUCUGCUAGGGCUGUUCGAAAUUGGAGAUUGGAGGAAGCUCGGAGGUCGGCUCAGGGUCAAGCAAAACGGCAAGCUCGAGAUUCAUGUCCCGCAGACAUUCACAGAAGAGCAGCGGCCCGUGGCAUUCGCCCACGAUGUUUUUGAUAUGAGAAUUGAGGAGCAUCCGGUAGCUGGUCAACUUCCUACGCCAACCGAUGGCCCGUCAAUUCAGCCGAUCUCGUCUCUCGAUCUUCGCUCCUUUGUCGUACGCUGGCCAGACCACCCAACGACCAUUGACGAAAUGAUACAGAUGGAUGCACCGCAACUGUCAUUGCAUGUUAGCUCUUUCAACAACGCAACUCUUGUCGCACUCACCUGGCCGCAUACGAUGAUGGACGCUGUGGGUAUUCAAGCAUUACUGCAUGCAUGGUCACUGGUGCUAGCCGGUCGUGAGGAUGAAGUUGCCCCGGUGUUUGGCGCACAUAAAGAUGUUCUUGAGACUAUAGAAAGCUCCCAUGAAGACAAGCAAGAAAAUUUUGGGCCGGACGAACAGCGAAUGACGGGGAUGGGCAAGCUGAAAUUCAUAUUCCAUAAUCUGUGGGAUAGAUUAUGGAAUCCUCGCUGGGAACGCCGGGCUAUUUAUCUUCCAAAGGAUAUCUUCUUCCGGCUGAAGGCUCGAGUUCAGGAUGAAGCCGCCUUGAGUACGAGUAGGGAGAAGCCCUUUGUCAGCGAUAACGACACACUGACGGCGUGGGUCACUCGCGCCAUGGCCACUUCUAUGCCCAGCCCACGCCCGGUGACCGCAGUGAUCUUCUCAAAUGCUCGAUUCCGCCUUCCACUGCUCCUCGAAUCGACAGGUGUCUACCUUCAGAACAUGGUACUGGCGGGGCUCGCAUUCUUCCCGGCCGAGCUUGCUAGAGGACCUCUUGGACCGAUUGCACUCAGUAACCGACGUCACAUUGCUGCGCAGGGCACAGUUCAGCAGACCUUGGCGAUGCUGAGGACGAUGCGCCAGGAUAUCGCCUCCGACAAGACACCAAACCUGUUUUACGGCGAGCCACACGCUAGCGUGCUGUUUGUCAACAAUGUGAAUAAGUUGGACCUGAUCAAAGCUCCGAACUUUGGUCCCGCAGUCCUGCGCCAAGGUGAUGGAGACGAGUCAAGGAUUAAUCCGCCAGGCACGAUGUUGAUAUAUCAUAACUAUACCAUCAAACCGCUUGUGGGCGGGAUCAAUGCUGUUUGGAUGCUUGGUAAAGACUAUGGUGGAAACUAUUGGCUCGAAGGGAAUUUCUUACCGCGAACAUGGGCGUUGCUGGAGGAAGAAUUAAAGGCACUGGAAGACACUGUUUGA